AUGGAGAUCCUCACCACUCUCCUGCUGCUCGGGCAAGUGAUGAUUCUACAAAUACGAGAAGGUUCCCCAUCAGAGACUGGAACACCUGUGCUAAUGAUAGAGCCAAUGUGGGAGAGAUUCUUAACGGGUGACCGGAUCGUUCUUAGCUGUGAUGCCGGUUGAGAGCUUCAUUCUGUGAGAUAUAAGUGGAUCGUAAACAACACUAUCAAAGAGUUCAGCGGGAAGAUUUACGCCAUUGAGGCUGCUGGAAUAGAGCAUAAUGGGGAAUACAGAUGCCAAACUUUGACACAAACAACAGCCUACAGUAACAGCAUUCUCGUGAGAGUAUCCGGUCCUGAAUUGAUUAUGAGGAUUGAGACUGAGCCAGAACCUCUGUGGUAUGAACAGACAUUGAGAUUGAUUUGUCACUGCACAUACCCCAUGCACAAUGAAUUCAUUUACACAUUUUAUCAGGAAGGUUCUGUUAUUGCUGAGAUCCGGACAAGAAAUAAAAGUGUUUCUUUUCAAAAGGAGCGGGUUACAUUUGAGGAUACAGGAUGGUAUCGAUGCCAAGUGCAGAUUGUUAAUUAUCCUGAUGGUCCCAUGUACACAUCAGCUUACAGACGUGUGGAUGUGCGAGAAAGUCCAGUGAUAUUGCUGGUGGAUCCCAGACUGCAGAGAGAUGGUAAUCCCAUCACACUGAAUUGUCGGUGUACCCAGGACCAUGUGUGUGGGAGAGGACAAAUUUACUUCUACAGAAAUGAGACCCUCCUGAACUCUGAUUCCAGGCCUCGCAACAUCUAUCUCAUCCACCGAGCAACCCGAAUGGAUUCGGGAUGGUACCGCUGUGCGAUUUUCCAGAACCUUUCGACGUUCCUGUCCCUCUGGGUGGAAGUCACUGUCCAGAAUCCCUCUGGGAAAUUUGCUCUGCAGGUCAGAGGUUCUGCUAUUGCUGCCAUUCUCCUCAUUGUUUUCCUGCUUCUGUUCACUGUCUGCAAACUCCAUCGAAAAGAGAGACAUCAGGACACCUCCAGUUCCCAACCCAGGAGAGACACCAGCAGCCCUAAUCGUGAUGAAAUUGUGUACUCUGUUGUUCAAGCAAAGAGGAAAGAAGGAAGCUACGUCAGGACAAGAAGAGAGCCACAGGAGUGUGACAGUCAUGUGACUUUCGCAUCAUUAAUGCACCUUGAAGUAACAAGGGACCGAGAGGCGAGUGCCAGAGGGAAGGGAGAAAAUGGCUUGUCCAUCUUCCAGAACUUUCAGAGGAGGUAGGGACAGAGAUCUGCUGCCCCUGCUGAUGAAGAAGAGAAGUUCCUUCUGGUGGCGGGCAGGGCUCUGUUCAUUUGUCAUCUUCAACUGAAGAAUGGACCAAAUCAACAUGGGAACAUCACAUCAGAGAAAUGGUAUCUGGUUUUUCUCUCAUUCUAGAACGCAAUUAGUUCCCCAAAUGCUGUGCACAUAUCCCUAACCCUUAGCAGCUGUAGAUGAACUGGAUGUCUUCUGUCCAAAGCUAUGGUUUAACAUCUUCACCCAAUUCUAAAUCCUCAUGUUUGGGACCCACGUAACAAUGGACUGCUGGCUCAUAUAGAGGCAUGCAGCACAGAAACUGACCCUUCGAUCCAACUUGU